AUGGCACAACCGAUAUCCAUCUGCCCUUCCCCAGCUCAAGCUUCGGUUUCCAACACUCCACCAGUGCCCAGCAACCAGCGGGCGCAUCCGAGUGACAGCCACGCACAGUCAGAUGCCGCUGUUGCAGACUUGAUGACCUUGCCACAUGCCUACCUGCAUACUUUGGUGGACCUUUGGUUCAAAGAAACCCAGCCAUGGCUGCCCAUCAUGAGCCGGCAACAUCUGCAGACUGCGCUGGAGGCCCUUCCAGUCCCUCUGACACAUAUCGAUGAUUUGGUCCUGAAGGCUGUCAUUUCACUUCAAUUGGCAUAUUCAAGCCAGGCUAUCUGCCUGGGAUAUCAUGGCCGGCAUCGACUCUCGCGAUAUCUCCGAUCACAGGUGGUGGACGAAGCAUUCUCGAAGGCAUCGGUGAAAUCUCUCCAAGCACUCUUGGUAGUGGCCAUCUUGGACUAUGGGUCGGAUAACGUGCCAAGCACAUUCAGUCUGAUGUCGGUUUGUCGACGCAUCUGCGAAAACAUCGGCUUAUUCCGCAAACUGCUGAACCAGAUGCAGACUCAGAGUCCUGCUCAAGUCGGUCCGCCUGCUAUCGGGACAAACACUGGAGAAGAACUUGCCGUUCCGCUGACUUGGGCAUCGCUUGCCGUCGAUGCGGUCUCGACGUUGGGCAUUUCAUGGCGGGAUGUGUCGGCUGCCGUGAUGGAUCAUCUGUCCAGCGUGGCAUAUGUAUCAACACCAGAUCUCCGCGACUCGUUUCGGAGCCAUAUCCAUUUGUCUGCAAUAGGGCUGCAACCUGUGCACAACUUCUUGUACGAGCAUGAGCAGGGAAGAUACGACCAAGGCCACGGGCGCGCAUUGGCUACAUGUGACGAGAUAUACCAUAACCUGAUGAACUAUGUUCGAGCUCAGCCGCCUAGCAGCUAUACCUUGCUGGCCGACGGCCUAAUUGACUUCGACCCGAACCUUGUCCUCACCAGCAUCCUCUCACAUGCGAGCGUCAUCAUACUGUAUGCGCGAUUGGUGGAAGGUGAAGGGUCAACGUGCAAUGAGAUCGCGCUGCAGCGUUCGCUUCAAGCUUGCGAAGACAUAGCUAUGGCACUCCGCAGCAUUAGCGACGCGGACCUCGAACUUAACACGCCCCUACUGAGCACCAUGCUCUUCCUCGCAGCACGGUUCAAACUCAUCAUGUACCGCAAGAUGAGUCAGCCCAGAGAGCCGAUCUUCGACACGCUGAUGCAUGGCAUCAGCAUGAGCGGGCGGCGGUGGGCUUUGGCUCGGAGACAGGAUAUUGUUCUCCGGGCUGCGAUAGUGGAGGUUGAUACGGGUGAUGAUUCGUCCUUGCCGGCGGAGUUUUGGCAGAUGAAGAAGAGUCACAUAGAUAUCUCAGAGCCGUUGAAGGAGUGGGUUGACAAAAGAAAGCAGUCGCUGUAUGUAGGAGCGCUGAACGGGCCUUACGUCUAG